ACAGCAGUGCCAGCAAGAGGAACAGUACAGGCAUUUCUCUGUGUGGAUUACGGGACUGCAGAACAGGGAGGAUCCACGCAGACACGGCUACUACAGUACAACCAUCUCUGCAGUCAAAGCAGCUGCACUAAUUCAUCUGUAGAGGGGCUCUUCCUCCACAGUGAGGACCUGAACUGAACAGAGACCUACAGAGAGAGAGAGAAGAGCGAGUCAGAAACUACACAGAUCAUCCAGAACAUGAUCAGAAGAUAGCACUAUACACCAUGAUCAUGGCCCCCCGGAAGAGGAAUCGUCAUGCGUUGGGGUUUCUUUGUUGUUUUGGAGGUAGCGACCUCCCUGAAAUCAACCUCAAGGACAAUAAUCCCCUCCAAUUCCUUGAGUUUUCUGUCCCAAUCCCACCAGCAGAAGAGCUCAAUGCCAGAUUUGCUGAACUCGUGGAUGAGUUGGAUCUCACAGACAAGAACAGAGAGGCUAUGUUUGCACUCCCUCCAGAGAAGAAAUGGCAGAUUUACUGCAGCAAAAAGAAGGAACAAGAAGAUCCUAAUAAGCUUGCUACCAGCUGGCCAGACUACUACAUCGACCGCAUCAAUUCCAUGGCAGCAAUGCAGACUCUGUAUGCUUUCGAUGAAGAAGAAACAGAAAUGAAAAAUAAAAUAGUUGAAGACUUGAAGACAGCUCUGCGGACUCAGCCCAUGAGGUUUGUGACCAGGUUUAUUGAGCUGGAUGGCCUGAGCUGUUUGCUGAACUUCCUGAAGAGCAUGGACUAUGAGACCUCAGAGAGCCGCAUCCACACAUCCGUUAUAGGGUGUAUCAAGGCACUGAUGAACAACUCCCAGGGACGGGCUCAUGUCCUGGCCCAUCCAGAAAGUAUCAACAUCAUAUCCCAGAGCUUAAGGACUGAGAACAUUAAGACCAAGAUUGCUGUGCUGGAGAUCCUAGGGGCUGUCUGCUUGGUACCAGAUGGUCACAAAAAAGUCUUGCAAGCCAUGCUUCACUACCAAGUCUAUGCUGCAGAAAGGACAAGAUUCCAGUCAUUGUUAAAUGAGCUAGACCGAAGCAUGGGGCGAUACCGAGAUGAAGUAAACCUCAAAACAGCCAUCAUGUCCUUUAUCAAUGCUGUUCUGAAUGCAGGUGCUGGUGAGGACAAUUUGGAGUUUCGAUUGCAUCUCCGAUAUGAGUUUCUAAUGCUGGGAAUUCAACCCGUCAUUGACAAGCUCAGAGGACACGAGAAUGCCACACUGGACAGACAUUUAGAUUUCUUUGAGAUGGUCAGAAAUGAAGAUGACCUGGAGCUUGCCAAGCGGUUUGACCUGAUCCACAUUGACACAAAAAGUGCCUCUCAGAUGUUUGAGUUGAUCAAGAAGAGAUUGAAGCAUACAGAUGCGUAUCCCUAUUUGUUAUCCAUCCUCCAGCACUGCUUGCAGAUGCCGUAUAAGAGGAAUGGAGGAAACUUCCAGCAGUGGCAGCUGUUGGACAGAAUACUCCAACAAAUUGUUCUCCAGGAUGAGCGAGGAGAUGAUCCAGAUACAGCUCCAUUGGAAAACUUCAAUGUCAAAAAUAUCAUUAAAAUGCUGGUGAAUGAAAAUGAGGUCAAGCAGUGGAGGGAUCAGGCAGAGAAGUUCCGGAAAGACCAUGCUGAGCUGAUGAGCAGGCUAGAGAAGAAGGAGCGGGAAUGUGAAACAAAGACCCAGGAGAAGGAUGAAAUGAUGAAGACGCUGAACAAAAUGAAGGACAAGCUGCAGAAGGAAUCCUUGGAGCUGCGCCAGACCCGAGACCAGAUGAACGAUCUGGUGGCUCAACUUAACGAGUUCUCGCAAGGGGGCAGCAUUUCCUUCCCACCCCCACCACCCCCUCCUCCAGGUGGUCCAUUAGCAUUGUCCUCUUCUCACAUGUCUGAGAAUUUGCCACCGCUGCCACCUCCUCUGCCUUUCUCCAGCUGUCCCCCUCCUCCUGCUCCACCACCUCCACCAGGAGGACCUCCUCCUCCACCAGGAGCACCACCUUUCUUCAGCAUGGGGGUGCCACCCCCUUCAACAACCACCUUCAGCACCGGUGGCCCAAGUCUGAAGAAGAAAUCUAUCCCGCAGCCUUCACAUCCCCUGAAAUCUUUCAACUGGGCUAAGCUGAGUGAGGAGAGGAUCCAUGGCACAAUCUGGAAUGAGAUUGAUGAUUUAAAGGCAUUCAAGGUGCUGGACCUAGAAGAUUUUGAAAAGAUGUUCUCGGCGUAUCAGAGGCACCAGGACCUGUUAACUAACCCCUCCUCCUGUAAGCAGAAAGAGAUGGGCUCAACAGAAGACCUUUACCUCUCCACACGAAAGGUGAAAGAGCUCUCUGUCAUUGAUGGCCGGAGGGCCCAGAACUGUGUCAUUCUCCUUUCCAAGUUGAAACUGUCUAAUGAAGAAAUCAGACAAGCAAUCUUGAAGAUGGAUGAACAAGAAGAUCUAGCAAAAGAUAUGCUUGAGCAGCUACUGAAGUUCGUUCCUGAAAAAAGCGAUACUGACCUGUUGGAGGAGCACAAACAUGAAAUCGAGCGCAUGGCCCGGGCGGAUCGUUUCCUCUUUGAAAUGAGCAGGAUUGACCACUAUCAGCAGCGGCUGCAAGCGUUGUUCUUUAAGAAGAAGUUUCCAGAGAGGCUGGCAGAAGCAAAACCAAAAGUGGAAGCUAUUCUUCUGGCAUCCAAAGAACUCAUCCGAAGCAAGCGUUUGAGGCAGCUCUUGGAGGUAGUUCUUGCCUUCGGGAAUUACAUGAACAAGGGCCAAAGGGGAAGCGCUUAUGGCUUCAAAGUCUCCAGCCUGAACAAAAUUGCGGACACCAAAUCCAGCAUAGACAGGAACAUUACACUCUUGCACUACUUAAUUAUGAUCUUUGAAAAGAAUUAUCCAGAUAUCCUAGAUAUCCAGUCUGAGUUGCAGCAUCUCCCAGAAGCAGCAAAAGUCAACCUGGUAGAGCUGGAGAAGGAAGUCAACAACAUAAAGACUGGAUUGAAAGCUGUUGAAACUGAACUGGAUUAUCAGAAGAGACGCAUGCGAGAAUCAGGGGACAGGUUUGUUCCCGUGAUGAGCGAUUUCAUCACUGUGGCCAGUUUCAGCUUCUCAGAGUUAGAAGACCUUCUCAACGAAGCUAGAGACAAGUAUGCCAAGGCACUGAAGCAUUUUGGAGAGACUGAGGGCAAGAUGCAGCCAGAUGAAUUUUUUGGCAUCUUCGACACUUUCUUACAGUCAUUUGCAGAGGCCAAGCAAGAUCUGGAGAAUAUGAGGAAGAAAAAGGAAGAGGAGGAGCGCAGGGCACGCAUGGAGGCCAUGCUAAAAGAACAGAGAGAAAAAGAGAGGCGACAAAAGAAAGCAAAAGCUGGAAGCAUCUCUGAAGAGAGUGGGGAAUUUGAUGACCUGGUGUCAGCAUUAAGGUCGGGUGAAGUCUUUGACAAAGACUUAUCCAAGCUCAAGCGUAACCGCAAGCGUUCGGGGAACCAAGGCUUAGAGACAAGCCGUGAGCGGGUGGUGACAAAGCUAAAUUAUUAACUACAAGAGGAAGAAAAAUAACAACCAAAAGAAGGUGAUGAAAAAGUGCAAAACAAGGAAGAUGAAUGUGUGUGAUGGCGCCUGGCUGACAGCUGCCACAGAGGCUUUCUUUGGUCUGUAGCUAGAGACGUUACCUUUCCAUGAUCAGCUUUCCUCUCAUCUCUCUUCUGUGCUCCUAAUUUGAACCAUUAUAAAAGUGCCUCUGUGGAUCCAGCAGGGCCUCUUACUGGGCCAUGCAGAGCUGACAGAUUUGCUUCUGGGAGUUUGUUGUGUCAUCAAAGGCCUCAUGGUGAUGACAGAAAGUACUUGGGCCUUGCAGAUGGCCUCACAGCUGGAACAAGAUAAUUUUCUGUGUGCCAAAGUAAAAACUAGUCAUGAUCUCCAAUUUGCUGAUAACAAGGAAGAUUAAUUUCAGAACAACUCUGUAAACAACAACUUCAAGAUAUAGACUGGCCUUCAGGGGUUUGCUGGGAUGUGGUUCUCAAGUUUCCAAUUCCCUUCUAGAAUUGGAUUUUAUAAGCCAUUGAUUAGCACCUGAAAAAUGCAUUUUAAGCUCAUGUCCUCUAUAGUAUUUUUGUGUGGCCUGCACUGUCCAAAGCAAGUGAAGCUUAGGAAGAAGUCUUCAGUUUCUGUAACAAAAUGAAAUGCAAGAAUCAGGAUCAACAUGUAAUAACUUGCAAAAGUCUUUUAGAUUCUGCUUUGCUAGAAGGAGUUUUCUGGAAUUUCUUGGUGUUUGAGUCUCAAAGAUAUGAAAUGCAUCUUCUUGGAAAGAAGCUCUGGCUUUCCUUUAGAAAACUAAAUCACUGCCAGGUUGGGAUUAUAAGAUGACUGUAGAGCCUCUUGUCAUUGCUGGAGGCUGGCAGAGAAUCAGUGGAAAAUUUCUUAUCUGUUUGUGCAAGAUUGGAAAUUGGGAGCUCCCUAGUAUCAUUUGCAGGUCUCUGGUAGCAAACAGCGAACAGGUUCACUGCCUGCCAGAAGUGAGAUUUCUUGAUGCUAGCUGUGAUUGCUGUUGGCAUGAACUGGUCUUUCUGUCUAACAGCCUGACCUCCGCUGCACACACCCCACUCCUGCCGAGAGGAACCAUGUCACUCAGUAAGAUAUGAAUGGUGUCAAAGGAGAGCCUUGGAGCAUGCUGACUUUUUCAUCUUGAAGAAAUCACUUGAGAUGAACCAAGGGAGAGCCCCAUAAUUAAAACUGAGAGUUUUUCGAGGACGACACAGAAUUGUGUAAGCCAAGCAGGCUUUGGAGUUGGGUUAAAUCAGAAGAAAAUAAAUUUGUAGUUAAGUUACAUGAAUUAAAUAUAAAGCAGAAAAGCAAAGAACCCAAGAA